UUUCAAAGGUUGGUUGGUUCCUGUCAUGCCUGUAGUGAAAGAUAAAUUAUGUCUACCUGGUAUAUGGACGGUGCCGAGGAUAACCGAGGUGGUUAUACAAAACAGGGACCAGAAAGUCUGCUACAGAGUGAGCGCAGGAGGAUGAAGCUGCAGAGUGACCUUGUGACCUUACAGAGGGAUGAGCGCCUUAGCCGGGCUGUGCGGCUGCAGUGCCGGUGGCAGGAGCUGAGUGAGAGAGAACGUCGGGCCCAGCAGCAGAAUAGGCAGCUGCUGCAGGAGUUUGACAGAGCCCAGGACACUCUGAGAGACAUGGUCACCCGCACCACCGCUAUGAAUACCAUAAGAGUGGAGUAUGAAAGGUAUCUGGAGGAGAGCUUCCCUCGCUGGCAGCAGCAGCUCAAACAGAAGACACUAUCUGCCCAACGCAAGCGAAUGGAGCAGCACAUGAAGGAGUGUCUGAGGAGUAUGGAGGAGGAUAGGGGUGAAGAGAGGGGCUCCAGACCCCCCAUCGGAGCCCAACCUCCACUUUCCCCAUGUAACACCAACACACCCUUAUACAGUUCAUAUACCCACCUUACCUCCCACCUUACCUCCCACCUCACUGUCAUUUCUCUUUCUUUAGGUCAUGUCCAACAGCUCCAGAAUGCCGCUGCGCAUCAAGAACACCACAACCAAAAUGGCCACCAGGACUACAUCCAAAAUGGCCACCAUCAUCCCAGCAUCCCUUCAAUUCAGUCCUCUGGUUGGUUGAUUCAUGCUCGUUCCCAAUUGGCUAAUUCCCAAACCAGAAUGCACUCCAAACUCCAACAAAGAGACAUGACUCACCACCCUGCUCACCCCCUCCAUCCCUAUUGCCCUCAGUCUCUCCACCCCCCUCAGCCUUACCCUGUCCAGCCCCCUCAGUCCUACUCCACCCACAGUAAGCCCCACAUCGUGAUCCAGCAGGAGACACCACCGGCAGGGUACCCCAUGCAAUGGCCUGCUGGGGUGGCCGCUGCUGCGCUCCCUUUCAGGGCCCCAGUGGGCCUUCAAACCUCCUGGACCAGCCCUGCCAUGCCGGAUACCCAGGGAUGGAGAAUGGUACAGGGUGUGGCGGGGGAGGAUGAGGGGAGGGAGGCCAGUGCAGCGACUAGUCCUGAAGGAGGGAGCAGUGUGGGACACAGACAGAGGAGAGAGAAGAGUAGCGAUCUGGCACAUGAGCUGGACAUCAAACCAGUGCGUCUGUGGAGUGGACAUGGAGAGAGCAGUGAGAGCAGCAGAACCUCCAGUCAGGCCAGUAAAGAGAGCGUCGGCAGCAGGGAGAGGAGGAACAGGAAGGAGAAGAAGGGAGGAAGAGGAGGACAGAGCUCAACAGACAGGUCCUCUGCAGGAUCCGGGGAAGUGGUUAUUGCUGUGGCUUCAGUAUCUUCUGCCUCUGUGGUACAAAGCUCAGAGAAUGAUGGGACAUCGGUGGCAGGGAGCAACAAGAGCAGGAGGAGUAGAGGACUGGCUAACUCAGUCAGUGCAGAGGAGUCAGGCAGUCAUAGAGAGGAAUCAGGGAGUCAUAGGGCAGAGUCAAGAAGUAAAAUGCAGGAGUCAAUGAUUCAAAUGGAGUCAGUGAGUCAUAGGGAGGAAGUAGCCAGUGAGAAAGAAGUACCAGAGAAUGACAUGGAGGCCACAGAGGGAGAAGAGGAGAGUCUGGUUGGACUCAGUGUGGAGGAGGGAGCAACAGUAGAAGAAGAGGAGGAAAUUGAACAUGACAGAGAGGAGGGGAGAGAAACAGAGGAAGAAGAGGUAAUGGGAGAACAUGAUGGCGAAACAGAGCAAAGAGAAGGUCAGGAUGAAUACAAUGAGGCAAGUCAGAGAGACAGAGAGGAAGAAGAAGUCCAACCAGAAAGUGAGAAUGUUUCUAUAAGGGAGCACACUGCAGAGGACGAGGAAGAGGAGGAGAGGGGAGAGGAAGAAGCAGAGGAGGUGCAGGACUCAGAAGGGCAGGUAGAGCGCGAGGAGGUGGAAUGGAGUGAUAGAGACAAAGAGGAAGAGAGCGAGAACGAAAGAGAGGAAUCACACACUUCUCAGGACGGAGAGAUAGAAGAGGUAGUUAAGGGUAGCAGAGAAGAAGAGGAGGAUGUGGGAGCUGGGGGUAAAAGAGAUGAGGAUGACGAGGGGUCAGGGGGUGAAGAAGAGGAGCAGCGUUGUCAGGAUGCUGAGGAAGACUCAGCAGCAGGGCAGCCUGAAGAUGAAGAGGAGAGAGACUCUGACGACAGCAUCAUCUCACCACCAGAACACAGGUCAUCCAAAGGCCUGGCAGAGGUAGUGGAAGAGGAGGAGGAAGAAGAAGUGAUCGAUGAUAAUGAGGAAAAUGAGGGUGAAGAUGAUGAAGGUGACAAAGUGAAGGGGUAUUCAUGGUCUGUAGAUCCCUUUCCAGAUGAGGAUGAUGAUAUUGAAAGUCUUCUUGCUCCACAGGCAAAGUCUCAGGAAAAACAAGAGAAAGAGAAGGAGAAGACAGUGGUCCUUGUCAAACCCAAAGCCAUAGAUGAAGACUUGGACAGUUUGUCUGAAGUAAAAGCACUUCACAAAAAGAAAGGAGCCAAUCAGGACACAGACUCAGAAGAGUUUGAUCACUUCUAUGACUGACGAGCCGUUUCUUCCAAUUCGCCAGAAACCUCAACAAGACAUGAGUGACUGCAAUACUAAUGCCAGACUUCUAAAUCCUAUACACUUGAAAAUGAAAUCCACAACACUUGAACAUAAAAUGAACAUUCCUUAUCUGUCAAGAUGCACUGA